AUGGCCAGGAACAGGCUGAACAAAGAAUGGCAAGAAGUGAGAAGGAAUCCCGACCCGGAUAUUUCUUUGGAGCUGGCUGGCGACAGCUUCGAGCAGUGGCAUGCGACCAUAAAGGGUCCACAGGAUUCGCCCUAUGAGGGUGGACAGUUCAAGCUGGACAUCGUCUGUACGGCGAACUAUCCGUAUGCUGCACCUCAGGUGAGCUUUGCGACCAAGAUCUUCCAUCCGAACGUUAAUUACAACACCGGCGAGCUUUGCCUGGACAUAUUGAAAACAGACUGGAGCCCGGCAUGGACGUUGCAGUAUGUCUGCCGGGCUGUCAUUGCCCUGCUGCGGGACCCAAACCCGGAGAGUCCUCUGAACUGCGAUGCCGGCAAUCUCUUGAGAAACGGGGAUCUGAGGGGAUUUCGGUCGAUGGCACGAAUGUAUACAACUGAACAUGCCAUGGCCGUGGCUUGA